GCCUGCGUGGGGUGAAUAAAAGAAUACAGUGUAACAAGAAACAAGUCUUCUAUUUGUCAUAGAAAUAAGUCAGCAAAACAGCAGAAGUCGCCCAAUAGUCUAACAGCCCAUGCAAAUAUCCACUGUGCCUUGAUGCCAUCGAACAACCGGUUUUUCAUCUGAGCUAGCUGGAACCGGUCGUUGUCUACUUCUUUGAUAUCAGUGACAUCGCUCGACUGCAGUGUCUGAUUUUCACAACGACAAAAGCUAUCUUGUCGCUCAGCUGUACUUAGGAAGAAAAAUGUAUUACGGACGUUUUUUGACGGCUGUCAGCCGAGCAAGGAGCAGUGCGUUUUUGAACAGCUUGCUUGACAUCCAGCAGCGAGCAGUUCCGGGGUCGCUGAUCGCCCUGUCCACAGGCAUGCCCAACACCUCCUGCUUCCCACUGUCUUAUGCACACCUCUACACCAGGAAGGGGAAGAAGCUAGACUUGUCUCCAGUCUGGAUGAACCAGGGUCUGCAGUACACCUCCUCACAAGGGCAUCCGGAGAUGGUAGAAUGGGGGAAGGAGCUUCAGAGGAGAAAACACAACCCUCCCACCGACUACCUGAGCCAUGAGGGAAAGAUGGACUUGUGUGUAACAGCUGGCAGCCAGGAGGCCAUGUGCAAGACUAUGGAGAUGUUGGUGACUGCUGGUGACAAUGUCCUGAUUGAAACUCCCGCUUAUCCCGGAAUACUGUCUAUUGCAAAACCGAUGGGCUGCAACAUCCUUGAGGUGGAGACAGACGAGCAUGGGCCAAAGAUAAGUUCCCUGCGCAGGAUCCUGUCCAACUGGAGCCCUGCAGACAGUUCCAACAUGUGUUCAGACAUCCCCCGUGUGUUCUACACCACCUCGUCAGGAUCUAACCCUACAGGCGUCACCACGUCAUUGGAACGGAAGCAGCAAGUGUAUCAGAUAGCCCGCGAGUAUGACUUCCUCAUCCUGGAGGAUGACCCGUACUACUACAUCCAGUUCACAGAGACUCCUGUGCCCAGCUACCUGUCUAUGGACGUUGACGGACGAGUCAUCAGAUUUGACUCUUUCUCCAAGAUUUUAUCUGCCGGGAUGCGUAUUGGCUUUGCCACGGGUCCCCAGCCCCUGAUAGAGAAGCUGGUGUACCACAUGCAGGUCUGCACUCUGCAUGCCAACACACUCUCCCAGAUGAUCUGCCUGCGGAUUCUGCAGGAUUGGGGACAGGAGGGAUUUGAUGCUCACACGAAGCGUGUCACAGAGUUCUACCGCAAGCGGAGAGACAUCAUUGUGGAGUCAUGUGACACUUGGUUAAAAGACUAUGCAGAGUGGACUGUCCCAGACAGUGGUAUGUUCCUGUGGAUGAAACUCCUGGGAGUCCAGGAUACCGCUGACCUGGUCAUGCAGAAAGCUCUGGAUGCAGGUGUGCUGUUUGCUCCUGGCAAAGCGUUUACCGCCAACGACGCAACACCCAGCCCCUACAUAAGGGCAUCAUACUCACAGGCUCCUGAACAGGACAUUGAUAAGGGUAUCCAGAGGCUGGCUGCACUGUUGAAGGAAGAGCUAAAGCUUACUGCGUCCGUGUGAUGUCAAACAGCCGAACUGCAAACUUGGUCGGGUUAAUCUGAAUGUCAGAGGUGAAGUCUGUAAAUGUUACAUUGGGACAGCUAAAGACGUUGUUUUAAACAGGGACAGCUAUGUUCUAAAAUCCCUUCGUUCCGACAGAGGGUUAUGGUUGUCAGAACAUACAUGUAGGGGUGCCCAUAUAAUUAUAGGGGUGUAACCUAAAUCAUGUCUUACUUCUUUAAGUUUUGUUCAUUAUUGUAUGUUCACAUAGAAUGAUGUUAGUGAUAUGAAAGCGUAAUCAUGGAAGCUUCUAAAAGAUGACGUAAAAAAAAAACUUUCAGUGUCACUAAUCAUAGCCAGUACUUGUAUUGAGUUAGACUAACCAACAUCUAUUGCAAUUAGGAAUGACUGUAGUGCCUUUCAAAUUGUUGGUUACUCGCUAGAAGAUUAGUACUAUCCUAAUCAGUGAAUAUAACCAUGACCAGUAUUUUACUGUUGAUCAGAAAAGACAGUCUUAAUCUUUCAACUAUGCAAGAGUGGAACUAAUUAUGUUGGAAUAUAGGUGUUGAAUAGGCAGGGUUUAGAUGUAACUAGUUGUUUGAUGUACAUUUUUGUUAUAAAGACAUGUACUGUAAACAAUGUGUUAAAUGAGAAGGGAGCAAAUGACAGCUGAGGUAAAUUUGGUAUAUCCUUCUAGUGGUAUAUCAUCAUUUAACUGGCAAAGAAAACCUAUCAUUUAUAGAAGUUUACAUGCAAUACAUGCUAAAGGUGCUUGUGUUCAAUGAUUCUUUAACGUAUUCCUAAGGAAGCAAGCUAUUUCUUUGCAGAGAAGGCUAUUUAAAUGAAAUAGACAAAGUUUGAAAUAUCUAUGAUCCAAAUCAAUCAAAUGGAAAUGGCAGCAUAUCUUAUGUGGGAGCAAUAGCAAUUUAAUCAGUUUUCAUAUACUAGUAUUCAAUUAUACAAAAUGAAUGAAUUCUAUAUUCUGUGACUAUUAUGUGGAACUGUCUCUGUCUACAGAUUACAGAUAAUAUGGAUCCAUCUUUGGGAUGGUGGGGGGUUAUUUCCCGUUUUGUGUAGCAAAGUGAGGAAGUGCUUUAUGUGGAAUCGGAUGUAUUUGAAUUGGAUUUUAGUAAAAACAAACAAGGUGCUGAAAAGAGUUUUUGUGUGGGAUAUUAUGUUUUCAGUUUCAGUUUUAUUCAGAUCCACAAUUAGCCUCAUAGGAGGCUAUUCUUCCUGUGGUCUGCAC